AAUAUUACUAUCUUUAGUUACCUUAACUAGUGCCCCGGAAGCACCGGUUAACAUUUUCCUAAAACUUUAACCAACAUUCCUGUUUUAAAACUGAGACAAAAGUUUACUGAUUUACUAGAUCACUAGUGAUGGUGAUCUACAUUUUUAAUUUAUUUACUUACUUUAUAGUCAACCUGAGUAGUAAACUCAACAAACAUAUAGUACCAAAGAUGUUUUGAAUUUUGAUAGUAUCUCAUAUAUCAUAUUAGUCUUUGUUUGUUCAGCAUUUGUGCUUUGUCUUGUAAUAAUCGUUGACUUAGAUUGAAAUUUUGAUCCAAACAAUGUCUUCCUCCUCAGAUCAUCCAUGGAUCUAUGACGUGUUCAUAAGUUUCAGAGGAAAAGAUACUCGUCAGACCUUUGUUUCUCAUCUCUAUGCUGGACUCUCAAACGCGGGAAUCCACACUUUUCUUGACGAUGAGAAGCUUAGAAAAGGAAAUAAGCUGGGAGCAGAACUAGAGAGAGCAAUAGAAGGGUCUAAGAUAUCUAUUGUGGUUCUCUCACCGAACUAUGCAGGAUCUAGCUGGUGUCUUAACGAACUGGUACACAUCAUGGACUGCCAAAAAACUUAUGGCCAGCUGGUUUUACCCGUAUUUUACUAUGUUGACCCGACGUUUGUCCGUAAGCAGACUGGUGAAUUUGGAAAAAUCUUGCAAGUUACAGCAAGAAAAAAAGAAGUUUGCAUGUCCAAGUGGAGGACGGCACUCAAUGAUGUUGCAAAUCUAGCCGGUUGGGAUUCCAAGACUAUCAGGAAUGACGGUGAACUGGUGAAGAAAAUUGUUAAGGACAUUUUGAAAGAAAUUAAUGUCAUGACAUCGAUGUCAAUUACUAAAUUUCCGGUUGGAUUGGAAUCCCGGGUACAAAAAGUGACCAAUUUUAUUGAUGAUCAAUCAAGCAAAGCCUGUAUGAUAGGGAUAUGGGGAAUGGGUGGAUCCGGAAAAACAACUAUGGCCAAAGCUAUCUACAAUCAAAUCCAUUUUAAAUUCAAGGGCAGAACAAGUUUCGUUGAAAGUAUUAGAGAAGUUUGUGAUAAUAAUAAUAGAGGGAUUAUUCAUUUACAAGAACAACUUCUUUCAGAUCUCCUCCAAAUAAAACAGAAGAUUCACAGCAUUGCGUUGGGGAUAACUAAGAUUGAGUCAAGACUUCGGGGGCAAAAGGCUUUGGUCGUACUUGAUGAUGUGACCAAGUCUGAACAAUUGAAAGCCCUGUGUGCAAAUCCUAAGAUGUUUGGUUCUCAAAGUGUAUUGAUUAUUACAACUAGAGAUCUACGCCUUCUCAAUUCACUUGGUGCUGACCAUGUCUUCACAAUGACGGAAAUGGACAAAAUACAGUCCCUUGAACUUUUCAGUUGGCAUGCUUUUCGACAACCAAAUCCUAGAGAAGAUUUUACAAAACUCUCUAGAAAAGUAGUUGCUUAUUGUGGAGGAUUACCACUGGCUCUUGAAGUCCUUGGAUCUUAUUUAUCUGAGAGAACAAAACAAGAAUGGAAAAGUGCACUGUCAAAAUUAGAGAAAAUUCCCAAUGAUCAAGUGCAAGAGAAACUGAGAAUUAGCUACGAUUGUUUAGAAGAUCAUACAGAAAAGGAUAUAUUUCUUGACAUAUGUUGUUUCUUCAUUGGAAAGAAUAGAGCUGAUGUUACGGCGAUACUUAAUGGUUGUGGACUUCAUGCGGAUAUUGGAAUAGCUGUCCUCAUAGAGCGCAGCCUUGUAAAAGUUGAAAAGAAUAACAAGCUUUGGAUGCAUGAUUUGCUACGAGACAUGGGAAGAGCAAUUGUUGGUGAAAGUUCAGCAAAAGAGCCUGCAAAGCAUAGCCGACUGUGGUUUCGUGAGGAUGUGCUGGAUGUUUUGUCAAAAAAUACUGGAACAGAAACGGUUGAGGGAUUGAUUUUGAAGUUGCAAAGAACAGGAAAAGUUAGCUUCAGUACUAAUGCUUUCCAGGAGAUGAAAAAACUGAGGCUUUUAAAAUUUGAUUGUGUUGACCUUAUCGGAGAUUAUGGGUUAAUUUCCAAACAACUGAGAUGGGUUGAUUGGCAACGGUUCACCUUCAAAUUUAUACCGAAUGACUUUGAUCAAGGAAAUCUAGUUGUUUUAGAAUUAAAAUAUAGCAAUGUUAGACAAGUUUGGCAGGAGACCAAGAUGUUGGAGAAGCUAAAAAUUCUCAAUCUCAGUCAUUCCAGGCACUUGAAAAGCACCCCUGACUUUUCAAAAAUACCGAAUCUAGAAAAGUUAAUUAUGGAGGAUUGCCAAAGUUUGUCAGAGAUACACCCGUCCAUCGGAGAUCUCAAGAACCUCCUUCUGAUAAAUUUGAGGGACUGUACAAGUCUUGACAAUCUCCCGAGAGAGGUGUAUCGAUUGAUAUCAGUGAAAACUCUCAUUCUUUCUGGUUGUUCAAAGAUUGACAAAUUGGAAGAAGAUAUAGUGCAAAUGGAAUCCUUGACAACUCUAAUUGCAGCAAAUACUGGUGUCAAACAAGUACCAUUUUCAAUAGUAAGAUUACAAAGCAUUGGAUAUAUAUCUCUAUGUGGAUAUGAAGGAUUAUCGCGUGAUAUUUUUCCUUCUCUCAUUCAGUCAUGGAUGUCUCCAGCCAAAAAUUUCCUACCCCAUAUUUCUGCAUUUGGAGGAAAUUCAUUGUCUCUAGUUUCCUUGGAUAUAGUAGAGAGUAAUAAUAUGAGCUCUCAAAUUCAAACGCCAACGAUUACCAUCCUUUCAAAACUUAGAAGUGUUUUGGUUCAAUGCCACUCAGAGAUUCAACUGACACAAGAAUUUAAAAAAUUUGUUGAUGAUCUAUAUGAUGUGAAUUUAACUGCGUCGGAAACAACAUCACAUGGACCACAAAUCUCAAAUCUUUCUUUGAGAUCACUUUUGUUUGGAAUGGGAAGUUCCCAAAUAGUCAUCAACACUAUUAGGAACAGCUUAUCACAGGGAUUGAGAACCAAUUCUAGUGAUUCUUUCCUUCCGGGUGACAAUUAUCCUUCUUGGCUAGCUUAUAAAUGCGAAGGACCUUCGGUACUUUUCCAAGUGCCUGAGGAUAGUGAUUGUGGUAUGAAGGGAAUAGCUUUAUGUGUUCUUUAUUCAUCAGCACUUGAAAACCUGGCAAUUGAAUGCUUCAUUAGUGUCUUCAUCAUUAAUUACGCAAAAUUCACUAUCCAAAUAUACAAGCAAGAUACAAUAAUGUCAUUUAAUGAUGAAGAUUGGCAAGGCGUAGUAUCAAAUUUAGGAGUUGGUGACAAUGUGGAGAUCUUUGUAGCUAUUGGGCAUGGAUUGACGGUUAAGGAAACCGCUGUCUAUCUAAUAAAUGAUCAGUCAAAUGAUAUGGGAAUUGAGCCAUCUACAAAUGCAAAAAUGGAGCCAUUACAUGAAGUGAAAGUGCAGCCAUCACCUAAAAUAGAACCAUCACUUAUUGCGAAGAAUGAGCCAUUAGCGAAGAAAAAUAGAAAAAUCUUUAUAAGAUUUAGAAAGACAAUGAGAGAAUGUUUAUGCUUGAACCAGAAUAGAGAUUGCAACAAUUUUUGAUUGGACAGACCUAUAUUGUCCUAAUACAUUGCAUGUGUUUUGUAAUAUUAUUCUGGGAUAGAGGAUAAGACAAUGCUUAUGUUUUAUAUA